GUCAACAGCUAAUACAACCGAAGCAACCGUGUGUCUAAAUUUCCCUAACGGAAUCACCAUUUCCCAUCGAUUUCUUCAUUAUCGUCAUCAUCAUCCUGUUCCAGAAUUCUCUUCAUCCUCUCUCCGGCGAUCCAAUCCAGGUUGCCGCGUACCUCUCCGAUUCUCCGAUCAUCUCAGCUUGGGAUAGUGAUCUUAGGUACGGCUUAAGCUGUCUCAGCAGAAUUUGGACAAAGCCUUUUCUGGGAACGAUGAGCGAGGUGUUCGAAGGAUAUGAGCGUCAAUACUGCGAGCUCUCUGCAAAUCUCUCAAAGAAGUGUACCUCAGCUAUUGCUCUUGAUGGAGAACAAAAGAAGCAGAAGCUAUCCGAAAUAAAAUCAGGCCUGGAGGAUGCAGAAGGAUUGAUCAGGAAAAUGGACCUAGAGGCUAGAAGCCUGCCACCCAAUGUCAAGUCAAACCUUCUUGUCAAGUUGAGGGAAUACAAAUCUGAUCUGAACAAUCUCAAAAGUGAAGUGAAGAGAAUUACGUCUGGAAACUUGAAUGCAGCUGCCCGGGAUGAGUUGCUGGAAGCUGGAAUGGCUGACACAAUGACGGCUUCGGCUGAUCAAAGAUCAAGAUUGAUGAUGUCAACGGAGCGAUUGGGUCGUACCACUGACAGAGUCAAGGAUAGUCGAAGAACCAUGCUGGAAACUGAAGAACUUGGUGUUUCAAUCCUUCAAGACUUGCACUCUCAAAGACAGUCUCUUUUACACGCCCACAACACGCUUCAUGGAGUGGACGAGAACAUAGGGAAGAGCAAGAAAAUAUUGACGGGAAUGACGAGGAGGAUGAACAGGAACAAAUGGACAAUCGGAGCCAUCAUCACUGUCCUUGUUAUUGCCAUCAUCAUCAUCUUGUACUUCAAAAUCACCAAGUAAGUAAAAGCCUCCCUCUCUUUGAUGAAUUUAAUUCCCAGUGAAAAUCUCUGAAACUGAAGAAACCCAUGUUGGUUUUGUUGGAUCUAUCUUAUCCUUUUGUAUUGGAAGUGUGAAGUGUUGUGUCCUGUCUGAAAGUUGUGUAAGUGGCAAAAAUAUCUUCUGUAUUCUUUCAACUCUGCUGUUCUAAGCAAAGCAACACUAGUGAUUUUGCUUUGCAUUUUUUUUUUUUUUAAUUCGGAAGUUCACCGGAUUUUUGCGUA